AUGAUCCUGGUGCCUUUGAUAUUGCCCCCAUUUUAUCAUAAGUCAUUGUUCUCAAGUCAUUCCUCAAACUCCUUUUUUUAUCGCAGGUAUGAAAUAAACAUGAUUAAUGAGGAUCAAACUAGUGAGAACAAUAUGGAAGUGAAAAAUCAGUUGUUAAAACAGGAACAGAUCAGUGAUGAGGAAAGUGUUUCAUAUCAUACAAACAGCUUUGGAAACUUGAAGAGUUUUACCAUUCCUAUUACAUCUGCAUCUGACCAAGAACUAGUUAACAACAAGGCUGCCAUAAAAUAUGAACUUGAGUGUAAAACUGGUGUACAAAAUAUUCAAGACAUAAUUAUAAUGACCGGUGGUGACAAAAACCGAUGUGAAAACUUGGAGAUAAAGGGGUCUCUUCAAACAAUUGCAUCAACUCAUGAUUUUAAAUCCCCUGUAGGUUCUCCAGAUGGAGCUGCUCUAACCAGUGGGCCCUCAGGGACUGGAGAUUACUUUUACAAAUGUAAGAAGUGUGCUUUCAAAACCAUAACCUCCUGUCGUUUGAGAAAUCAUUACAAGAAUGAGCACAUUUUAGAACUUUACUCCUGUACUAUCUGCCAUAAGGUCUAUCUUCAUUCUCGUAGUUUAAAGGAACACAUGCGAAUAUACCAUUCAGGAAAUUACUCUUCAUUGAAAUGCCGUAAAUGUAAAUUUGAAACAAAAAGUUGGCUGCAAAUGAAAAAGCACAUGAGAUUGCAGCACUAUAAAAGUGGUAAGACUGCCAGUGAUUGUUCUGAAUGUGGGUUCAAAACCAAGUAUGAAAGAUCGAUGAUCCGUCACAAGCUCAGUAAACACAACAUUGUACCAGAUGAUUCAGUAAAACAGUAUUCCUGCAAUGUAUGUCAAAGGCAUUUUCUUUACAAAUACUGUCUUUCAUUACACACGAGAAAGCACACUGGAGAACGCCUAUUUGUAUGUGAAUACUGUGACAGUUCUUUUCAGUAUUUGAAGGGUUUAAAAGAACACAAGAUUAGAGUUCACUUCAAACCUAAAACAUUUAUCUGCUCUCAUUGUAGAAUGAAGUUCUCAGACAAAGAAUCGUUGGAAAAGCAUUUACCAAAACACUUCACAUAUAAAUGCUCGAAAUGCUCAUUCAAAGCGACUCGGAAGGUUGACUUUGUAAAACACUGUCAGGACACUGCCUGUGAAGUUGUUAAUACCUAUUACUCUUGUUCCAGAUGCCUCAAAACAUUCGCUUAUAAUCGUUCCCUUACAAAACACUUGCAAAAAACUUGCAAGGAGGUUGAUAUUGAAGUUAAAUCAGAGAUUGUAGAUGAAGAUAUAUCUACAGUUGAUAUAAAGAAGCUUGUGAAUAAGAGGAAUAGAAAAGGGGAAAGAACUUGCAAAGAUACAAAGACGAUCGUUACUUGUGAGCACUGUAAUGAACACUUCCCUUCUACCAAAGUUAAAAAACGUCAUUUAAAUUAUUGCAAAUUUAAGUAGCUUUAAACGUUGGUAUUUGAAUUCUCCAAUUCUUACAUUUAAUUUCCGUUCCAUAUAACCAUUAGAA